AUGUCCCACAAUGUCUCCAGGAGGGCGAGAGCUGGGGCUUGUGCCACCUGCCGCACUCGAAAGCGUCGCUGCAUCCCGACCAUUAAAGGGGAGGCUUGCCAGCUCUGCCACUCCCUUUCGAUCCCGUGUACCCUUAGCCUCGCCCCGCGUUCAUGCGUCUUGAAUAACCAUGGUGGACGGGUAGGGUCGAUCCCUCCCCCUCGUCAGUCUCCAGUCGCAUUAGAAGGUCCGCUCGAGGUUCUUGCGUCCCGAGACCUGUGCGUGGAGCUGGUCCAUAUCUAUUUCCGAUUUAUUCACGAUAUCCCGCAUACGAUAUUCCACGAGCCGUCGUUUUUGCGUCGUCUGAAUAAUGGGACAGCGCCCACGGUCCAUAUCUACGCUAUGUGCGCGUUGGCCGCUAGAUUCUCCAGCAACUCUUUCUUUGACGGCAUACCUCCUUGCGACCGUGGCAAAUCGUUCGCGACCGAAGCUGUUCGACUCUGUCAGGCCCAAAUGAUCUCCCCGAGCCUCGACACAGUGCAAGGGUUUCUCCUGAUCGGGUAUUAUUUCAGUGGAGAAGGGAACGUUGACGGGAAGCAUAUAUAUGUCGGGCUAGCUCGACUGCACGCCGAAAGGCUAUCGCUGAGCGAUAAUCCAAGCGCUGUAUAUCAGGAAGAAUACCGACGCAGUUGGCUCUCUAUACACGUCGCAAGUCAUUGGUCGGCCUGGGAUAUGGCCAUGGAACCCAUACGGCUGCCCGACGGACCUGAUUUUCUACCCAAGAUCGACGAUGCUACAUUUCGCACUGUUAGUCCCGAACUGUGGAAUAUGACACCUGUGCAGGAUUCAUCACGCUGUGACAUGUGGGCUCAGAUGGCGCGGACGCUCGGUAUCUAUGCAAGCAUCAAUACCCUAAUGCGACAGUUGAGCCGCAACAUGAUUUCAUUUGACGAAUAUUGCGUCCAGGCUGCCAAGCUCGAAUCUAUGCUUGAACAAUGGGCGGAGAACUUACCCCCGAAGCUAACGUGGAGUUUUGACAAUCUUAUGCUCCUAGCAGGGCAGCGUCUCGGCCAAAUAUAUCUAGCGAUGCAUAUCGGCUUCUUCCAUUUCAGACAGAUGCUUUUUUUUCCAUUUCUAGACUCGAGAGCUGCCCGAAACCCAGGUCCCGACCGAGCAACCAAAUGCAAGGACAGCGCUGCCCUUGUGUCAUCUAUCUUGCAGUACUCGAAGAACAUCAAGAAUUGCGAGUUGGAGUACUUCAUCUACGGGCAUAUUGCAGUGGUGAGCUCCUGCGUCCACCUACACACUCUUUUGUUCAGCGACGACUACCGCGAACUCUCAAUGGCAAGGCAACGCUUAGUAUCCAACUUUCAGUAUCUCAUGACUGUAAAGUCGUUUUGGCCCAUCGUAGAACAUUAUACCACCCAUCUACGGACAUUCCAAAAUUCGUGCAGGGACUCCAUGUCCGAUCCGUUUGUGCUUGACAACUGGAUGGCUCGCUUUCUUACUGAACAUUCAUCACCUUUGGCUGAAAGACAGCCUGUUCCCUCUCGGUCACUCGAAUCUGGAGCGGUGGUAGCCCCUGCCGAGCGGAGGUCGGGCUCCAGUAGUGCCACGCCUGCAUCUCUACCUAGUAUCGAGUUCCUCACGAAUCAUGAAACAGAAUUGGAUGGAGCAAUCCAUAUUGGCGAAGAACUGGCUCAAUCAGACGACCUUGCGCGAUUGCUACAUGAUCAGGAAAUUACCGGGGAGGCCCUCGUCAAUAGCGCCCUCAGCUGGCUAUUAGAUGGCAGCUGCGAAACACAUCAAUCUACUCCAACUUAA